ACAAACAAAAAGUAAAUAUUACAAAAAUAAUGCUAAUCGAGGUUGCGUAUUAAAACAAAAUAUAAGCGACGCGCGAUCGCAAUAAUCUGUGCACGACGUUAGAGCAAUAAAUAAAGAGACUUUUAAAAAGAGCGAUUUCGUUUCCGUCAUGGACGAACACAGUUUAGGUCCAGCGAGGCAACUGCAGCAGAGGCCAAUCGAAGAGUCUAUAAAUAUAAGUGAUGUCAUUGAGGUGAUAGAAACCGAUCCGGAUUUCAAGCAGGCGACUUGUCUGUCGUCGUCGUCGUCGUCUUCACCUCCUCAGACGACGUCUUCUUCUGUUACGAGGAGCAACGGUUCCGCAGGAACAGGAACGAUGUUCAACAACAGUCCGAUAGAUCCAGCUCAGAUCCGCCGUCAGGCGACGGUGCGCAUCAUCGAGCAGCCCGCAUCUAAGGCCCUUCGCUUCAGGUACGAAUGCGAGGGUCGUUCAGCCGGGUCCAUUCCCGGUGUCAACAGUACAGCCGAAAACAAGACCUUCCCUACCAUCCAGAUCGAUGGAUACAAGGGCAAGGCCGUCGUCGUCGUCAGCUGCGUCACCAAAGACCAUCCCCACAGGCCGCAUCCGCACAAUUUGGUCGGCAGGGACGGCUGCAAGAGGGGCGUCUGUACUAUGGAGAUCUCGCCCGACUCAAUGUCGAUAUCCUUCUCGAAUUUGGGCAUUCAGUGCGUGAAGAAGAAGGACAUCGAGGCUCAUUUGAGGGUGAGGGAAGAGAUCCGCGUUGAUCCGUUCAAAACCGGUUACACGCAUCGCAGCCAACCAACGUCCAUAGAUCUCAACUCGGUACGUCUAUGCUUUCAAGUGUUCACCGAAGGCGACAAACCUGGAAAGUUCACCGUACCUCUUCAACCGGUCGUCAGCGAUCCCAUCUACGAUAAGAAGUCGAUGACCGAUCUGACCAUUGUCAAACUCUCUGAUUGCGUGAGCUCGGUGGACGGUGGUCGUAAAGACAUUAUCGUCCUCUGCGAGAAGGUGAGCAAAGAGGACAUUCAGAUCAGAUUCUACGAGGAGAAGGACGGUUUGGUCGUGUGGGAGGGUUUGGGUGAUUUCCAACCGUCGCAAGUUCACAAGCAAACGGCCAUCUGGUUCAAGACGCCCAGGUACAGGACGCUCGACAUCACCGAACCGGUCAAGGUUAACAUCCAACUGCGGCGACCCUCCGAUGGAGCCAUCAGUGAGCCGCUGCCCUUUGAAUUGCUGCCCUUGGACUCAGGUAGGCCUUCAUUUUGGUCAGCGCGUCGGAAGAAGGCGAAUUACGCCCUCUUCAACAGUCUUCUCGUUCCCGCUGCUGCUACAACAGCAGCAGCACCAACAAUACCAGCACAACCUAUAGUUGUGACCGCGGAACCGGAACCAAUCGUUAAUGAAGUUAAGGAGCGAAUGGAGGUGGAGAUGCCGGCGUACGGGGAGAUCAAGAAACAUAAACCAGCGAUGGUAAUCGAGAGUAACAACAACGAGGUGCCUUUGGCACCGCAGCAGGAGAUCGUGCAAGAGGUGGAUGAGAUUUACACGGAGAACAAGAAACUGGUGGAAGCGUUCGAUUUGAACAACGUGCAGGCAAUGGAUACAGAAGUCGUGGCCGAAUCGUUCGAUGAUUCCAAGACGUACAGCAGUCUGCAGAUGGCGUUCAAGAACCCCAUGCAGAUGGUGGAGAUCGAUAUCGAGGGCGACGGAACGGAUAGGUAUGAGGAUAUAGUCGUGAAUCCUGCGAGUCCGGUCAUAGAUUUGGGCGUAAAACGCGACGUCGUCGAAGUAGACAAGUUGCCGCCGCUUCCACCGAAACGCGCCAAGAAGGUCAUCGAAACGGACAUUUGCGAUCCCGUCGACCCCAAAUACGUGACAGCCCCGAUGACGCGCUCCCACAGUUGCAACUCGCUGAAGCCGGUGUUGGCGCCCUCGAAACGGUUACCUCCGACACCGUGCUCCACGUUGCCGAACCCAAAGAAACGCGGCUUCUUCUCGAAGUUGUUCGGAAAGAAGGAGCGAAGCAACGCGAGCACUCGCUGCUCCAGCAUCGAACCGAUGGCGAAGGGAAGAAGCCCAUUCUCGAGCGUGAAUUCGCUCCAGGUGACUCCGCUGAACAGGACGCCCAGCAAUCGAUCCGCGAACAGCGUCCGGAUUCCACUCAAAGACAGCCUUCCCGAUCUGACCGUCGUAGGCCAGCAGGAACCUCCGCACGAUCAGCAGCUCAACGACCUCAGCAAAACCACGUCGAUCAACAACAAUUUGAACUUUGCUCCGAACGAUCUACCAGAUAACGAAGACGAAAUUAACAUGAACUUGGAACUCACCGAAGCGGAGAACUACGCCCUUUACAUGGCGAUGGCUCCGCACGCGACGCAAAGCGAGUUCGACGAGAUGUCCGCUUAUUACGCUCCCGUUGAAGGCGGCAAAAUCUUGACGGACGCCGAAGUCCUGAUGCGACUCGCCCAAAACAAAACCUGAAGAGACCAAUCACUUAAAGGAUCUGAAACAAAACACACAAAAAUAAACAAAA